UGCUUCACCAGUUUGAUUGGACUCCUGGAGCUCUUCGCGUAAACUGACAGCGAUUUUAUGCAGUAGCUGUUGUCGCUCGUGCAUCAGUGUUGGGUUUGGCCUACGCCCACCGAAUUUAAACCGCCCCCUCCUCUAUCCUCCGGUGCAUAGGACGGAGAACGCGAAGGAGACGCGUACGUACAGAGCUGCGAUACGGAGGGAAUAUUUCGUUUUCGUUUACAGGGAGCCUCCGAACCCGGAUCGAACGACAAGAUGGACGAAAUGGAAGAGGAGUUAAAGUGCCCGGUGUGCGGCUCGUUUUUCCGCGAGCCGAUCAUCCUGCCGUGCUCGCAUAAUAUCUGCCUGGCCUGCGCGAGAAACAUCCUGGUGCAGACGCCCGACGCCGAAUCCCCGCAGAGCAGCCGCGCGUCGGGCUCCGGCGUCUCCGAUUAUGAUUACUUAGACCUGGAUAAGAUGAGUCUGUACAGCGAGGCGGACAGCGGAUACGGCUCUUACGGCGGGUUCGUGAGCGCACCGACAACCCCGUGCCAGAAGUCCCCCAACGGGGUACGUGUUUUCCCCCCUACCGUGCCUCCUCCGCCACAGGCGCAACACCACCUGCUGCCUCACACCGGCGUCCUGCCGCCGGUCCCCCGGAACUCCUGCCUCACCUGCCCGCAGUGCCACCGCAGCCUGACACUGGACGACCGGGGGCUCCGGGGCUUCCCCAAGAACCGUGUCCUGGAGGGGGUUGUGGACCGGUAUCAGCAGAGCAAAGCGGCCGCGCUCAAGUGUCAGCUGUGCGAGAAGAGCCCCCGCGAGGCGACAGUCAUGUGCGAACAGUGCGACGUGUUCUACUGCGAUCCGUGCCGCCUGCGGUGCCAUCCGCCCCGGGGUCCGCUGGCCAAACACCGGCUCGUGCCUCCCGCGCAAGGCAGGAUCAGCCGCCGCGCGAGCCCCCGGAAGAUCUCCACCUGCACCGAGCAUGAGCUGGAGAACCUGAGUAUGUACUGCGUCCAGUGUAAGACCCCCGUGUGCUACCAGUGUCUGGAGGACGGCAAACACUCCACUCAUGAGGUCAAAGCGCUGGGGGCCAUGUGGAAGCUCCACAAGACCACAAAUGAAAGUGGAGGUCUCUUGGCGGAUGGUUGUCAUAGCAAUGGACAGCUCUCUCAAGCACUGAAUGUUCUGUCUGAUCGGGCCACAGAGGCCAAAGAGUUCCUGGUGCAGCUCAGAAAUAUGGUCCAACACAUACAGGAGAAUGGAGUUGAAUUCGAGGCAUGUUUGGUCGCCCAAUGUGAUGCUCUGAUUGAAGCUCUCAACCGCAGGAAAGCUCAGCUUCUCAGCAGAGUAACCAAAGAACAUGAACACAAACUCUCAGUGGUUCGUGAUCAGAUAUCCCACUGCACGGUGAAGUUGAGGCAAACCACAGGACUAAUGGAAUACUGUCUGGAAGUUAUCAAAGAAAAUGAUCCCAGUGGCUUUCUGCAGAUCUCAGAUGCUCUGAUCAGACGGGUCCAUAUGACAGAGAAUCAAUGGGGGAAGGGCUCUCUGACCCCUCGCAUGAGCAGUGACUUUGACCUGACGCUGGACAGUGGACCCCUGCUGCAGACCAUACACCAGUUAGACUUCGUCCAGAUGAAGGUUCCAGCUGCUCCUAUUCUUCAGUUAGAGGAGUGCUGUACUCAAACCAACAGUGCUACUCUGUCAUGGAAACAGCCACCUCUCUCUACCAUAGCUGUGGAUGGCUACAUUUUAGAACUGGAUGAUGGGAAUGGAGGCCAGUUCCGAGAGGUGUAUGUUGGCAUAGAGAUGAUCUGCACAGUGGAUGGUCUGCACUUCAACAGCACUUACAAAUCACGUGUUAAAGCGUUUAACUCCAGUGGAGUCGGCCAGUACAGCAAAACGCUUGUCAUGCAGACAUCAGAGAUGAGUCUGCCUUCAUAUGGUAGUAAAACUCUGGCAGCAGUUGCCUGGUUUACCUUUGACCCUGCGUCGGCCCACCCUGACAUCAUCUUGUCCAAUGACAACCUCACGGUGACGUGUAACAGUUACGACGACCGCGUUGUGAUGGGCAACACAGGCUUCUCUCGUGGCGUGCACUACUGGGAGAUGACCAUCGAUCGCUAUGACAACCACCCUGACCCUGCGUUUGGAGUCGCCCGCGCCGAUGUCCUGAAGGACGUGAUGCUGGGGAAGGACGAUAAAGCCUGGGCCAUGUAUGUGGACAACAACCGCUCCUGGUUCAUGCAUAACAACUCACACACCAACCGUACGGAUGGAGGAAUAAGUAAAGGAGCGACUGUGGGUGUGCUGCUGGAUUUCUCUCGUGGGAUUCUGUUGUUUUUGAUAAAUGAUGAGCAACAGGGACCAGUAGCCUUCAACACACUGGAGGGCAUGUACUACCCGGCCAUCAGCCUCAACCGCAACGUUCAGGUGACUCUUCAUUCUGGGCUGCCUAUUCCUGAUUUUUAUACACCCGGAGAAUCUGAAGCUGCAGGCUCCGUCUGCUGAAGAGGCAUUACAUUACACUUCUAUACAUACGUACACACACGCACAGAGAAGUGCACGUGGAUUCAGCUGUGAGUACUUGGCGGGGGAAUUGCUGCUGACAGUCAUUAAUACAUUUUAACAAGGUCUGAGUUCUGAAAUGUAAACUGACCCGAUAUGUGCGAGGGUUAGGGUUAACUAAACGCUAACUUAACCCUAACCUUAACUCUGACCCUGAUGUAUGUGAGGUAAAUUGAUAUUGAAAAUUCUUGAAUCAUUUUCUUCUCUCUUUCUUACACUUUUUCUAUAUAUGAUUAUUAUUAUUGAUGUUGUCAUUGUUUUUAUGGAAAAGGUGCUCAUGGAUGUGAACUCCCAGAUUACUGGAUAUUAACAGAUGUCUGUCUGUUGUUUCAUGAUAAAAUCCUCUGUGUGAAGUUAAGCUUAGACAUAAGUUACUGAUGUGUUAGACCUUAGAGGAUGCAUUUUACAUUACAUAGAAAUGUUCUGUUGCAUAUAAAGGUGAUUUUUAACUGCAGACGGGGACAGAAACUAGAGUAAAAUAUCUAAUAUUACAACCUCCUCAUGCAUAUUGCACCUUAGUUAAUGUCAUAUCCUAAACCCUAUCUUGAACUGACCCAAACCCGAUAUUUCCAUUCUUCUGCAUUCACAGUGGAUGAGCAAACACACAGUUGGGACGUAUUAGACAAUGCCAGAAUGAGCCGAAUGUGUGUCAGUGAGGAGGUAAUGGCUUUCUGUUUGUCGAAACAGAAUAGAAAACACUAAUUGGGGCAAAAACACGCACACAUACACACACAGGCAUUUUCACAGCCUUGCGUAACGUAUUAUGGAGAGAUGAGAAUGAAUAAAGUUUUUGUUUAUCUCUCUCUCCGUUUUAUUUCUCCUUUGUUGCCUCAAAUCCGCACAAGCUAACGCAAAUGCUAAACAAAUAACUGGUGCUGCUUAUGUUCAAUGUGAGAAAAUAUUGCAAUAUUAAAGAGUAGAGCUGCAAAUCCAAAAGAGAGAACUUUAAACAAGACAGCAUACAUUGUAGCUGCUUGAAGCAUUGGCUAUUAGUUUACCAUAAAGGAUGUACUUUUGCAUUAAGAAAAAUAUUUAAAAUCCCACUGGUGGGGUUGAAAUAUGGGGCGGGCAGGUGCUGUACUUUAUCUGUUUGUUGAGCAGAUGGUUUUUGCUCAACAAACAAUUGAAUGUUUGGGUGCAGUGAGUGCAAAUUUCACCCAUUGUAAAUUGUAUUUUUUCAUAAAUUAAUCCCAGUAUAAGAAAUGUAUUAUUAUUAUUACUAUUGUGUCUGAAUUGUUGUUAUCUGUAAAGUUCUAUGCUCAAUAAACUGGAUUAGGUGCAAUAUA